GAUUUGCUGGAACCUUUCGAAGGCCACCCGCCCUCGAAAUUGAUGGCAUACGUCACGCCGCAGAUGUGCAACUGGUUGCCGAUCAUGGAAUCGGCGACGGUGACGGACACAGUCUUGCAGCACGUCGAGGUCGCGGCCUUGCAAGUCCUGGACAUCUAUGUGGAUUACAGAACACGGCGUGGAGGCAAGGCAGAGGUCGUCAGCAAGCAGAAAACAUCAGUCGUUCGUGCCGAAUGGCGAGCAGAAUCGCUCUUGACUCUCCGGAAAGAUGAAUCCCAGAAGGCAAUCUUCGACUGGCUCAUGCACAACAACACCACUUACAGGCAAUUUGUGGAAAUGCACGAUGAACUCUGCAAAGCACAGCCGGCCUCUGACAAAGACUGGCGGCGCAUCCCCACUGCCACUUUGCUAUUGCAGCUAUCCGGCAUCGAGGUUGCAUUCCGACCCUGGUUGUAUCCCCUGGCUUCCUUCGGCGACUCGGACAUCAGCAACAGACUCGUCAGCCUCGGUCGCAUCUCCGUCAAGAGCAAACCCAGCCUCCGUGCGAGUUUCAUGCGCAAGGACAUGACGAAAGCCUUGCCUUCGGUUUUCUUCACAGUGGCUCCGGCUGAAUGGACAUUUCCAUUGCACGAUGGAAUGUUUUUCGAGGAUUCCCUCAGCAACCAGCAGUCCAUCAUGACGCUUCACAUGUACCAUGCCUUGCAAAGCAUGCUCGAGAAACAUUUCUUGGCAGAAGGAACUCAUCUCGCGCGAGUAGGUCUUGCCAAGAUUCGGCAGUGGAGCCUGCGCUUUGAGUUUCAGUCGAGAGGCACGGUACACGUUCAUUGUGUUCUCUGGGCCGACUUCUGUCCCGGCACAGACAUCGAGAAGCUCUGCGGGCGAACAGACACCAAGCACGACUCAGAGUUCGUCCGUGUCUUGGAGAAUCUCUUCAAGUGCCGGGUGGACGUACAAUGUGGAGACGGCAACUAUGUUCUCAUGCGAUAUGUGGCUGGGUACCUGAGCAAGGCCUCCGAUGCUUUGAAAUUUCGUGCCACCGAAGCCACGUCCAACCUGUCGACAUGGAGGCAAGUGUACCGACUGCUGUGCAAGAAGUCGCCUCUUGAGCAGGAACUCAUCAUGGAGUUUGCGGGACUCCCCAUGGUCAUGCAUUCAUUCACAGGAUGUCAUCUCUUUGCUCCGGUCCCCGGCAGCAGCGCCCAGAACACAUCUCGUGAUUUCUAUGCUGCCUACCAGCAACUGCUUCAAGCUGGCGAAGAUUCUUCGCAAAGCCGUGAAGCCAGAUCCCUGAGCUUCAUGCAGUGGCUACGUCGAUACAACGUGCAACUAGUCGGUCAACGCGGCCCGGAUGCAACCUACAAAAUCACGGAGAGAGCUCAACGGGGACGCCAUUCCGGCAAGGAUUGUGGAAUAGCCAUGAAAUUCGCGUUCGAGCUGCUGGACAUCUACAUUGCCUCAUGGGCGGCAGUGUUCAUGCCCGGCAUGGAUGAAAGGCGUGUGUCGCCCAUGAUGACUGAAGAUUAUCCCUCAGGCAUGGCUGUCGAGCAUGCUCGCCGAGCAUCGUUCCAAGCUCCGGAAGGCUGCCAGUAUCUGAAAGCGGUGCUGUGCUUGAAUGAGUUUCAGGUCGACCCCUCCGAUCCAAGAUUUCAACCGGAUGUCACUCGAUUGCUGCAAGCUCUGGACAAGGAGCUUGCUUUCAGAGGAUUGUCGAAGGAUCGGGUGGCCACGUGCAAGGCGCGCAUCAGCGCCUCCGCCAUUCUGCUCUUGGCCGUCCGAGAUGGUCGUGCCGAUCCCAACCUGUGGAGACCCAUCGGCUUGCUAGUCUCAAUGUACCGGCAACGCCUCCUUGCUGGCGAUCAGCUGACUCUGGAAACGCUGCAUUCGAGUUUCAAGGUCACUCGGGAGGCAGACGCCCAGUACAUUCCCCCAGGAAGGCUACGAGCCUAUGACUUGAUUAUUCUGGAUGAGAUCAGCCAGAUUGACAGCCAUGCGUGGGGCCAGAUCAAAUUGGCGCUCGCCGAGCUACAUCCACGACCUUUCGUCGUGCUGGUGGGGGACUUCCAGCAGCUGCAGCCCAUUCACGGAUUUGUGAACGGCAACGUCGGGACCGUGAGAACAGUGCUACGGCCAGACGUGUUCAUCUUCGAGACGAUCCAGAACCAGCUUCUCCUGGGCGCCACCAUGGAUGCAGUGGGACUGCACUUGGACAAAAAGGUCCCCGACAGAGGCUAUGCCUACGUAGGUGCGUCCAGGGUGAAAAGCCAUGAAGACAUCUUUCUCUUGGGCAGCAUCCGCACAACGGACUGGCUGCCGGUGGGUGGGCCGGGAAGCCCCGAGGAGCAUAUAAAGCCAGGACCUCUUAGCGACACAUCAUCCUCGGCCGACGAAGCCGAGCCCUCAUCCAGCGAUGACAGCCAGCCAGGCACCUCGGACUUUGAGAACGGCUUUGAGAGCCUGUUCGACACUCCCUGA